AUUUGCGAUGAGUUUUGGAAUGCAGAUAAUAAGGAUAGGUUAGGGUAGGUUAGGUUCGGCUAUCCUUUUAUCGAGAAAUGUUAUUUUUUCAAUUGCAUGUUAUGUUACAAUUGUUGUUUAAGUACGGUGCUGACACUUUGCUCUAGUAUUUUUUUUAGCUGCAGGCAUUUUGAAUGAUGGGAAAGAUUUAUUCAGUGCUGACACGGCCUAUUCGCAUGUUUAAUAUCGCAAAUCGCGCGGAGAAAGUAAUCUCUCGAGAAAAGCCAAUACCUGCGCCUCAACAUGCGGCAACAGAAAAACAAAGGCAGCUUUCAGAGAAAGUGAAUCCACACUUCUUGGAAAAUCAUUACCAAAAGAACAAGCAAUUGGAUCAACGAUUGAAAGAUGUUUUUGUUACAUCAACAGAUCCGCAAGUAACAACGGAGUCAACGAAAGAAUUCAAGCCUUUACCUCAGAGUAGACACAGCUGGGAACAUGAUUCUAUAUUUGAGCCUUAUGAAGUUACAGUAGUCCCCGAAGGAAAGUGCUCAUUGAAGCAGGCUCUCACAUUUAUUUUACAACAUAGACAAGAUCCUAUAAAAUUUAGUAGCGAAAAUAUAGCUUCUGAAUAUCAAAUAGAUAAGAAAGUAGUAGAUGAUAUAUUGAAAUAUUUUAAAGUUUAUGUAAUUGCCUCGAAAGAUAUGGAUUCAGUAGAACCGACUUUAAUAGAAGAUCCAGUUACAGAAAUGAUCAAGCAAGGAGCACUGAUCAAAAAGAAAAAAGAAAUGGAAAUGAAAAAGAAAAAGGAAAAUAUGGGAAAGGAAAAGUAGUGCGGACAUGUAUAUAAAAAAAUAAUUUAUUAAAGUUUAUUUCUAUGUUUC